AUGCCUUUUCUUUGUUUGAUCAAGAGCUAUUCUGAAGAAUUGGAAAAAUUGGCAAUCGACUGGGUUGCUCGCUGUGAAAUGAAGCAUCCAGACGACUCGCAAUUCCCGGCCUACAAAGGCAUUGGGCAAAAUCUUGCGAUGAUGGCUGGUUUAACACCAACAUUGGCACAAAUGGCUCAGGGUUGGUACAACGAAAUAAUGGUGUGGGCAACAUCAUCUGAACUAGGCUGCGCAAAAAAGCAGUGUGACAGUUCUUUCCCUUCAUCUCCGAAACCGGUUUAUGUUAUGGCUUGUCAGUACAAACCGGCGUGA